AAGAUUCGAACCGAAAAGUAGACGAAGGGACAAGGAAGAUAUCUGAAUUCCUCAAAGCUUUCUAAAGCUCUUAGCUCGAGAUUUCUACUCUGAGAAGUCAUGGCACAAUCAGAAAACGUUCAGGCCGCGGCGGCAUGGCUGAAAUCAGUCAAGAUCGGAUUUCUGGGCUGUGGCAACAUGGCGCAGGCGAUGAUAAAUGGAUUCAUCAAGUCAAACUUGGUGCCUGCUGAGAACAUCGUCGUAUCGGCGACAUGUACAACAUCCAAGAAUUAUUUGGCAUGCCAGAAACUAGAUGUUCAGUGCACGACGAACAACGAAGAUGUGUGCAGGGCGGCCAAGAUUGUGUUCGUGGCCGUCAAGCCACACCUGGUCCGCCCGGUGCUGUCCAAAUGCUCGUUCCCCAAGGACACUCUGUUGAUCAGCGUCGCGGCCGGUGUGAAACUCAGCGUCCUCGGAGAGACGUCGAGAGUGCAGCAGCUGGUGCGCGCCAUGCCCAAUACUGGCGCGUGCGUGCAGCAAGGCGUCACCGUGUACGCGUACGAUGAGGCCGCGAUUGCCUCCGUCCGACAGGCGGCCAUCGCCAUGCUCAUGGAGAGCCUGGGGUUUGCGCGCUACGUGCCGGAGUCGCAGAUCGAGCCCAUCUCGGCCGUCAGUGGCAGCGGAAUUGCCUACAUGUAUAUGGCAUUGGAAGCCAUGGCUGACGGAGCAGUGAAGGCUGGAAUCCAGCGCUCCCUGGCGUACGACCUGGCGUCGCACACUAUGAUGGGUGCUGCUGCUAUGGUGAAGGAGACUGGACAGCACCCGGGUGCGCUCAAGGACGCCGUCUGCUCGCCGGGAGGUUCAACAAUCGCUGGCGUGCAUGCACUGGAGAAGUCCGGUUUCCGCGCAGCCAUGAUGGAUGCCGUGGAGGCUGCUUUCACGCGUGUCAAGCAGCUCGGCUAGUCUGCAGCCACUGUACCGCUGCUGUGAACAGUCAGUCCUGGACUGGCUGCGCUUUCUGCUCGUGUGGAUCCCCGGUGCUGUGCUGUGGAUGCAUUGUCGGUGGUGUUCGGGGAGCCUCCAAUACGAUUUGCGUUGCAGAUGCUUUGUGUGUGAGGCCAGGAGCUGCUGCUGCCAAGGCGUGUUUGGUGCAUAGCUGCAUUGCUUCACCAGCUAACUGGGACAGAGGUUAUGCGAGUGACAUCACCGUUCAUGUACUUCCCGACAUAAAUGCUUUGAACCGAGUGACGAAUGCAGUAUGUGUGAUGCAACUCCACGCGAAACACCUCAAAUGAUAAAAUUUCAUAGUCUCCGUACUUCUCAUGCUGAGCAAGCUUCGGGAAGCCCUUCUUGAAUUUGGGUCUUUUAAUUAUCAUUCUUUCAAGCUGACGCUGCGCAGUUUUCUUUUAGCCAGUGGCGUGAGCAAGUGCUGCUAUUGGGUUGCUUCUCUCUAACUGUAUUGGCUACUAGUUAGUCAGUAUUUUACUUGAUCCAACAAAAAAAAGUUAGGAUGCUGAGCGACAGUUUUUUGUCCAUUUCUCUAAAGAGUUGUUACUCCACUUCCCAACAUCACUGUCUGGGUUUUCUGUCAUGCA